GCCGGGCCGUGCGGGCGCCGCCGCGGCCCAGCCGUACCGCGGGGCUCCGCGCAGCGCAGGCCGGGCCGGGCCGCCCCCGCUGCGCCUCGCAGACAGCGCCCCGGCCGGGCCCCCGCCGCCGGGCCCCGCCGCUCAGCCACUUAGAAGAUCAGGGACCUCCAUCUUCUCCAGGGUAGGAUUUGACAACCCUCAGUCAUAGUCUGCGUCAGAGUGGUGUAGGCCCCAGUGGGAGCCAAGAGCAGCCAUUGCUUGUGGGGAACCUCCUGUGCUCAGACCAUCUUAUGGUGGGGCCAGUGUCUCGCUCUGUGUCCAGGCAAGGGGAUGGACAGCAGAGCAGAGAUGGAGGUUGUGAGAAGCACGAAGGGGAAUGCCGCUGGGGAGGUCAGCGUCCAUGUGGUCACCACCGAGAGCACUGUGCAGAGCACCCACCUGCCAACGACUGCCUUCAUCAUACCAGCAAAUGCCACUACCAUCAAUCUUCCCACGAGCACCUUAGAAAUUCAGCGAUUCCCUCGGGAGCCACAGAGGAGCACAGGGGCCGAGAGGCCAGAGAGGGGAGCGGGGAGCGAGCCCAUCACAGCUACUGUCAUUCCCCAGAUCAGCGGGGUGCAGACCUGCAGCACGGUCCGUGUGCUGGAGUGGAAAGACGGGGUGGCUACUUUGCCUGGGAGUAACCUGCGGUUUCGAAUAAAUGAGUACGGAACGCUGAAGGUGGUGAGUGCUGAUAAGGUGCCUCCAGUGGAAGCUAUAAAGGAGGGUCCCACAGAGAAAGAUGGGGAGUCAGAGGUGGCACCCACCAGCAGGGACAAUCCUACUGUGGCUCAGGAUGUGCCAGAACAGACCAAGCUGCCACCAGCAGAAAGCAUGUGCCACUGUGAUACCUGUGGCCGGAGGCACGUGUCGGACGGAGCCCGGGAAGGCAGGGGCUUCUGCAGUGAGCACUGUCACCAGCAGUUCAAAGAAAGGUCUGUCAUUGUGGAAAACUCUGCCAGCAGCACCAAUGCCACUGAAAUCCUCAAGCCGGUGAAGAAACGAAAGAGGAAGGACUACCAGAGCCCUUCAGAGGAAGAAUACGAAUCUGAGCAAAUGGAGGAAAAGCAGGAAGAGAGGAAAAGCUCUGCAGGAGACGCUGCCAUCAGCAAUCCAGAGGCCAACGCGUGGAAUGGGAGCCAGCACGGUGCCAGUGAGGAGAAGAAAGAAGGCUGGUCUUGGGCGUCCUACUUGGAGGAGCAGAAAGCUGUCGCUGCCCCUUUAGAUCUCUUCCAGGAUUACCAAGUAGCUUCCCAGCACAAGAAUGGCUUUAAAGUGGGGAUGAAGCUGGAGGGGAUCGAUCCGCAGCACCCAUCUAUGUACUUUAUCCUGACAGUGGCUGAGGUGUGCGGUUACCGGAUGCGCCUCCACUUUGAUGGCUACUCUGAGUGCCAUGAUUUCUGGCUGAAUGCUGACUCCCCCGACAUCCACCCCGCUGGCUGGUUUGAGGAGACGGGGCACAAACUCCAGCCACCAAAAGGGGUUGUAGGUUAUAAGGAAGAAGAAUUCAGCUGGACAAACUACCUGAAGAUAACAAAGGCUCAGGCAGCUCCUAAGCACCUCUUCAUGGUCCGAAACACUCACGAGGCUUCCCCAGGCUUCGAGGUGGGAAUGAAGCUCGAAGCUGUGGACCGCAUGAACCCUUCCCUCAUCUGUGUUGCCACAGUGACUGACGUGGUCGACAAUCGCUUUUUGGUGCACUUUGACAACUGGGAUGAUACUUACGACUACUGGUGUGACCCCAGCAGUCCAUACAUCCACCCAGUUGGAUGGUGUCAGGAGCACGGCAAACCCCUCACACCUCCUCAAGAUUAUCCUGAUCCUGACAACUUCACCUGGGAAAAGUACUUAAAGGAAACCGGAGCAUCUGCUGUCCCGGCUUGGGCCUUUAAAGUGCGCCCACCCCAUGGCUUCCUGGUCAACAUGAAGCUGGAAGCAGUGGACAGGAGGACUCCUUCCUUCAUCCGAGUGGCCAGUGUGGAGGACGUGGAAGAUCACAGGAUAAAGAUCCAUUUUGAUGGCUGGAGCCACGUCUAUGAUUUCUGGAUUGAUGCGGAUCAUCCAGACAUCCACCCCAUAGGCUGGUGCUCAAAAACUGGACACCCACUGCAGCCUCCUCUCAGGCCAAAGGAACCAGCCUCCUCCGCUCAUGGGGGCUGCCCCACCCUGGGCUGCAAGAGCAUCCCUCACACCAAGAGCUCCAAGUACAGCUUUCACCACAGGAAGUGCCCCACACCGGGUUGCGACGGGUCAGGACACGUGACUGGGAGAUUCACGGCCCAUUACUGCCUCUCAGGGUGCCCGCUGGCAGAGAAGAACCAGGGCAGGCUUAAGGCGGACUUGUCUGACACCGAGGCCUCAACUCGCAAGAGGAACCUGAUUGGCUUCCCUCAGCGAAAGAAAUCUCGGCACCAUGGGAGAGGGCGACCUCCAAAGUACCGGAAGAUCCAGCAGGAAGACUUCCAGACUAUUUCUUCAGACAAUAUGCACCAGUCGCUCUUCAUGUCUGCCCUGUCUGCCCACCCCGACCGCUCCCUGUCGCUCUGCUGGGAGCAGCACUGCAAACUCCUGCCGGGGGUGGCUGGCAUCACAGCAACUACGGUGGCCAAGUGGACCAUUGAUGAGGUCUUUAGCUUUGUUCAGACUCUGACGGGUUGCGAGGACCAAGCCAAGCUCUUCAAGGAUGAGAUGAUCGAUGGCGAGGCGUUCCUCUUGCUGACGCAGGCUGACAUCGUCAAGAUUAUGAGUGUCAAGCUGGGCCCAGCACUCAAGAUCUACAAUGCCAUCCUCAUGUUCAAGAAUGCUGAUGACACCUUAAAGUGACUUUUCUUGGCCCGAUCGGGACCCUCCCUCAGCACCGGUGCUGCCAAACUGUCUGGUCAGGACAGAGAUUCCCCCCGACCGACCGCAGCUUGUCAUGUCCUGCUCAUGUCCCCUCGGGUGCCGCAUCUCCUCCCUCCCACCAGUCCAUCUCCCAUCCUCUCCGCUCCCCUCCACACUGCCCUUCUCCUCCGGCGCUGGGCACAGGCUGACGCCAAGCCUCGGGGGUGGCUGCAGGGACAGAGGGUGGACGUGGGACCAGCCUGUCUUCACGUGACAGCUGUCCCCCAUGUCCUGCUGUGACCGCACUGCUGCGGGGGCUGUGUUGAGGGCCAGGGGAGCAGUGUGGCCGCUGGGGGCUGACACCACUACGCAAUUCACCCAGAUAAGGGAAGGGACUGGCUGCCUGCGCACGUGCUUGCACCCGUUUAAAGGCUGGUCUUGGCUUUGCUCAGCAGCUGAGAGAGAUCUAUUUUUUUUUUUAUUUUUUUUUCCUGUGAUGUGUUCCUCUGGGGGGGAGCUUGUGUUAACAUCGUUUCCAAGGGAUGCUCCUCAAGGGGCUUCUGCUCACUUUGCCUUUUUCUCUGAGUUCCUUUGACUUUCCCUUUUAAGGCCAGAUGAUGACUUUGCUUUGCCCCUUCACCGCACUGGGAACCAGUGGCCGACCUCUUGUCCCUUCCAGGGACCAAUGUGUCCUGGCUGCUGCUCUGCCCACGACCAGCAUCUGCGCUUUAUCUGCAGCAGCCCCAGGGCCCCGCGGGGCCAGGGCUGGGUGGAUGCAGAACAAGCUCCAUUUCCUCUUCCUCUGGGAGGAAGGGUGCUUGGUUAACUUCUUCCCCUUGCAGCAAUUAAAAAAUCCUCUGCAAAGGAGAGUCAGACCCUCUUUGGUCCACGUAUUAGGAGGAAGGCCCUUUCUAGAGUGGAGACAGCUUCCAAACAUCCACUCCUCUGCAGGCGGAUUCACAGCUCGCUUCCGAAGGCGUUCCGGAGUUGGCUGACUCGAUCCUGCCAAGCCGCCUUCUCCCCCUUUUUUGCCCUGGCGAGUCCCCCUGGUUUUGCUGCCAGAAGAGCAGGAUCUUUCGCUGUCCCUGGAUUCCUUACCUGCAGAGCUAAAGGAAAUUCAGCAGUUAACUGUUUUGGAGGUUUUUUUCUGUCCUUUUAGUAACAGAGCACCUUUUCAACAAGGGUGCAGGCACUUCGGGAAUGCCCAUGUAACGCUGUCCCCCGUAAUGGAGGAGAGGCCGAGUAGGCUAGGACACGCCAACAUGCCUGGGGGCUGCUGGCAGAGUCCCUGGCAGCUUCUGAGAGUCCCUGUGUCCCCUGGCAGCACCCGUGCUCCCCUCGCCGUGGUGUGUCCCCGUCCCGUGCCGCCUGCCGUGGGUGCUGUUGGAGCAGCGGUGUGGCAGUGCAGGGCUGGAGGGCGGCCACCUGCCCCCAGGGCUCUCCACCGUCCGCAGCGAUGCGAUCUGAGUCCCAUGUCCGCUUUCUUUCCUGUUCCCAAGAAUGACAUAUCGGUAGCAAAACAAUUUUUCCCCCUUUCCCAGUGCCCAAAGACAGGGAUGAAGGGAUCUGAGCGAGUGCACCAGCAAUGCGUCUUGGAGCAGCACUGCCUUGGGAGCCGCUGUCACACCUGAGUCAAUCUGUUCUAGGCUUCCCAUGGAAAUGUAGCAUUUUGACUCUUUCUUAUUGAAUAUUUGGGGUCACAUUUGACCCGCUCUUGAAACGUCUGCUGCUUGCUCUUCACGCAGGACUUGCAAUUAGUCCGUGUAUUUGUUUUCUCAGUGCUUGGGUUUGAUUUAGGCAGCUCUCUGUCUCCUUUCCUGUUUUUAUUUUCUUCUGUCUCUUCAAGCACUGCAACGUGGGCAGCUGUGGAGAGAGGGGCAGUGGGUAGGAACGCCACGUCCCUGGGUCCCACAGCCACUCUCCGGGUCACCCUUGAUCCGCAGUGAAUGGUCCUGAAGUUGGUCUCUUCAGCUGAUGGGGAGUCUCUUCGGGGCCACGGUGUGCUGGGGGAGAAGAGGAGCCCUGGGACCUUCAGCUGUGAGACUCUGCGCGACCGGUGCUGAGACCUCUCCAGGCGUGAUCUGGAGUGGAACGGCUCCUCUGUGGCUCUUGAUACCCUUGCACGGGACAUGGUUAUUGAGCUUGUGAGGAAACAUCUUAACGAAGGCGUUCUGUUCUUGUCUGCUCCAUUCCCUCGUGCUAAGUCAUUCCUCCUCUUGGGCAGGGGACCGAGCACUGCCCCGGCUGCCGGGAGAGGAGUUGCCACCCAGGGGUCAGAUCUGAAACUAGCGUGAAGGACGGAGAGCCUUGUGAGAGCGGCGGUGGUGGUGAGCUCAGAAGAUCCCUGCUGAAGGGGAAGAGGAGCCAUGGCUGGCCCACAGGCCUGGGUACGGCCAGCACCAUGGGCUCUUGCUCUGCAGUUGGGUGCAGUCAAGCCGUGCUCUGCCUGGGCACCAGCAAAAUGGGCAGAGGGGCAUGAAUUCAGACUGUGCCAGCCACGGGCAGCAGCGGGAAGCUGUGCCCACGGGCUACUCCUCCUCUGGGCUCUUUCGACUGCCAAGAGAGCAGAGGGCAGGACUGCCAAGGUGCUCCCCCUUGGCUGUGGCGCGGGGCUGGAGCCUGGGUCUCUGCUGGGUGCAGGAAAACCAGCCCCACUGGAAGGGUGAUGGGAGACACGAGGGUCUCUGUCACACACACUUAGUGGUUCUGUGAGCAUCGGUUCCUCAGCCUCUCGGGCUGACUCAACCGCUGGGGUACAAAGCUUCUGGAUUCAUCUGGGUGAGAGAGUUACGGGGUUUGCAGGUGGUCAAGGGCUAUUUACUGUUAAAACUUCUAACCUUCUUGUUUUCCUUUCAAACCAAACCCAACCCAAAGCAUUGUGUGUGUACGUGUGGAUGGGUGUUUGUCGAAAUACCACAGCGCCUAUUUCCUCUACUGUUGGUGUGUCGCUGUUUUAAUGUGGUGGUUUCUGUGGCUGUGGAGGCGGCAGGUUCUAGUCCCAGGCAGGGUCUCGGGUGCUGUGUCCUCUGUGAGCAGAAGUUGUCUCUGGUCCCAGCAGGGAAACCAGGAGAAGGAGGGAUUGCUGCACCCUUGACCUUGCAGGUCCUCCGUCUCCACAGAGUAUUGUUUGGGAGUCCCCCCUCAGGGAGCAUCAAGGGCAGCUGUGACCAAGGCAGAAGCACCAAAGUUUUUCAUCCUUUCCCUGUUGCCUGACCAAACUCCUCCCGGGGAUGUCCACCGCUGUGUCACUAGGAAGCUGGAGAGGACAAUGGGGCUGUGUCUGGCCCACAGGUUCCUCUCUGGGGUCUUUCUGAGAGACGUGACUGCAGCCAAAAUUUCGAAGUCAAUGAAGAAUUUUUCAAGUCAAAUGUUUUUUUGGAGUGGAGGCCCCCAAGCCUGCGCAGGUGUCGUUCCUGCCCCUGCUGCUGCAGAUGGUGUUGGCAGGGCUUAGCGGGAGCUGUGGGAGAUGUCCCACCACGCGCUCCAGCCUCGGGCAUGGAGUGUCUUCUGGGGCGGCUGGUCCGCAGGUGACUCUGGGGGCGUGGGAGCAGCCGGAGCCUCUCAGGAAGGUGUUUCUCCCUCCUCGUGGAAAACAGGAGGUGGUGUGCGCAAGGUCGAAGUCUCCAUUUCUGUGAGAGCAGCCAGCCUGGAGCUCAGCGAGGAGGACGGCCAUGCCUGCCUCGCCGGAGCGCAGCUGCCUGCCGCUACCAUCCUCCGGUGAUUCCCGCGUCCAUCACAAGCACUUUUAGUAAAGAAAAACCCUCCGAAUUGUCUAGGAGAGCUGGGGGCAGCUGCUGCCUGCGGAGGCAGAUCUGGGGACGCGAGUGCAAUGAGGGGCGUUGGAGAAGAGGAGGCAGCGUGAGGACGAUGUGACUCGGCCGCUUCCGUUCCUCACUCCGUGCCCUCCGGAGGGGACCCCGCGGUGCAGAGGAGAGGGAACGACCUGGGGGCUGCAGCCGGGCUCCCUUCCUCCAAUCCCCCCCUUCACCUGGGGCCUGAGGCUCGCCCGGCCUCGGGGG